UUUCAUAGAAAUUUUUUUGGGUUGUGUUUGGUUGGACUAGAUUUCAUGAAAUAUGUUUGGUGAACUAAUCUCACUCUUGAUUUUAUUUGAUUUACUUAUUUUAUGGUGACAGGGAGUUAAGGAGAGGUAGAGAUGGCAGGCUCCAAUAGAGGCGAGGAUUUUGUUUCCCAAGAGGAGGAGGCAAAUUCACUAGGGAAAAAGUACGGAGGACUUGUCCCCAAAAAGAAGCCCUUGAUUUCAAAGCAAGGAGCAGACUUGGGUCAGAAAUCAAGAACCGUGGUGGAAGCUUUACGUCCUAAAUUACAGCGAACGCCUCAUCAGCAGCUACCCCCUCGGAGGCCUACUUGCACAUCUGGCAGAGAAACUCUGGAGUAGAUUCGAGACGCUGCAAGAAAGUGGCUUCUUGUGUGGAUAAUUCACUUGAAUUUUUCCUAAAAUGGGAUCCAAGGAUUAAAAAUUACAUUAGUUUCUAUGUACUUUGGAGUAUUUGAUUAAUGUAGCUAUCCACCAGUCUCUAGAUUUAAUUUUAAAUAUUGUCAUGUAUUCA